GAGUUAGUUUAUCGCAUGUCCUUCGCCUGGAAGGAUAUCAUAGGCGCGUUCUCGGGUGUGUUGGUCACUAUUACACUAUUUAUCCCUCAAUGAUAUUACCAAUCUUCACAGAAGUUUUCCGAAAGUUUUCCCAAUAAUGAAAUCCAUUUUGUUUUCUCACAACAUUGUUCCAACGCGAGUUGAUGUGCUUGAUAACCGUCUGAGAAGAAAUUCACUAAAUUCCGAGCAUCAACAUUGUUGCGUAUACUGUGAAAAUCACGGCAUCUUUUCAAAACUGAAUGGUCUCAUAUAAUUUGAACUAUUCGCAAUGAGAUCUUUCUGAUUGCUCCAUUGCAGGAGAUAAAAAUUCAAGGAACUUUGUGAUUGUAUUUGGUAAAUGUGCUGAAAGAGGUGAUUUCUUGAAUUUCAAUCAAAAAAAUAAAACUUUAAAUCCAAAAGUGUUUCCCACAAAUUGAAAAUAAACUUCCAAAAAUAUUCAGUAAAUUUUUAAAUUAUUUGGAAAAAAAAUAUUGUUACAUUUCAUGAGCUAUGGAGCUAUGCUCAGAAAGACGUAACAGAUUGUCGUAGAACCCGCAAUUGUGGGGUAGUCACGUGAAAACGUUUGACGAAAGCCAGCUUCUUGAGAAAGGCAAAAAUUAAUAAAGAAAACUUACACAUUUAAAGGACUUUAAGCGUGAAAUUUAGUUUGUGCUUCAUAAACUAAAGUGGUUUGUGAAAAGCAGUGAAAUCCUUAAAAGUAAUCUGAAGAUUAAUGUUUGGAGUGUAUUAUGUGGAUGGUUAAUUCAACGGAAACUAGAAUUAUCUAGCCAUGGCGCACCGCAACAAGUCAAGCAUGGAUUACGUCGGCUUGGGUUGCUGUGCGCUGGCUGUGACACUUUACCUCAACACUUUGGAUGCCGGAUUCGUCUAUGAUGACAGGCGUGCCGUGCUGGGGAAUCCAGACGUACUGACGUCGACUCCCUGGCGACAGAUGCUGGACAAUGAUUUCUGGGGCACGCCACUAACGGACUCUGGCUCACACGGUUCCUUCAGGCCGCUGUGUGUCCUGAGUUUUCGCUUGAAUCACCUGCUGGGAGGAUUCAGGCCCUUUGGCUACCAUCUGACUAACGUACUCUUGCACGCCGUAGCCACGGGCCUGGUUCUCAAAUUGGCACGCCAGCUUUUGGCACCGGGAUGGGGACCAGCAGUAACUGGUGCUCUCUUUGCUGCCCAUCCCAUUCACACUGAGGCUGUGGCGAGUGUAGUAGGUCGAGCAGAUGUAGGUGCCUGCAUCUUCUACCUUCUGAGCUUUCUCGCCUACAUGCAGCAUGUGGAAUGGCGGGAAAAGAGUGAUCACAGGCACUGGGCUGCCCUUGUUGGAUCCUUCGCAGCAGCCAGCUUAGCAGUUCUUUGCAAAGAAACUGCGAUAACAGCACUUGUUAUCUGCGCUCUCUAUGACAUCCUCAAGGCACUAUCAGGAUUCCAUGAUAAGAAUCGUAUGCGUUCGCUUGUGAUUCUUUUUGUCGUACUGGCCAGUAUUUUUCAUCUACGCCUUCGUCUUCCUACGCCCAUGACGCAAUUUUCAACGGCAGAUAACCCCACGGCGAAAGUGGGAUCAUUCUGGACGCGCUUCCUCACUUUUAGCUACCUGCCUGUAUUUAACUUUCAUCUCCUUCUGCUGCCCACAACACUGAGUUUUGACUGGGGCAUGGAUGCAAUUCCGCGUGUCACGAGUCUCCUGGAUCCACGAGCCAUUGUGACUGGAGGCUUCUACGUGAUACUCAGUCAUACAGUUUGGACCUGCACGAAGAGCCUUGUCAAUCACGCUACCACGGCUGUUGCCCUUGCGACCUACAGACGGAAAGGUCGUACCCUGAGGAAGAAGGUUCUGCACACGAGCCUUGCAAAGACUGAUUGCUUGUGUGCUGUUUGCAAACAGACUCUCAAUGUGCGACAUUCAAGUUCCUGUCGCGCCAUCAACAACAACAACAUUCCCGCCGUGCCAUGUGCCUGUCGCCUGGACAUUCAUCCGGCACCUCAGGCCAAUAUUUCAGCUGCACCACCACGUCACAGCCUGGUGAUCCUUUUGGCUGUGGCACUGCUGGUGCUGCCUUUCCUGCCCGCCACCAACAUCCUCUUCUACGUUGGUUUUGUCGUGGCUGAACGAAUACUCUACCUGCCCAGUGUUGGCAUCUGCCUCCUGGCUGGGCUCUCUGCAGGCCACAUCCUCGAUGCUCCUGCACCUGUCGCAGCACCUACGACUGUUCCGCGAAAAAGGAGUGCGGCAUCGCGUCUUCGUGGACAACAGAGACAACGAAUGACUGUGACUGUGUUUAUUUGUGUGGUCCUCAGUGUCUUUUGCUUAAGGACAGUAAUCAGAAAUUUUGACUGGCACGACGAAGAGAGUCUCUAUCGGAGUGCAAUUGAUGUGAUUCCACCAAAAGCUCUCGGUAAUUUGGGAAGUGUCCUUAGUGCACAGGGAAGAUAUACGGAGGCCAAAGCUGCUCUUCAGGAAGCGCUCAAACAUCGACCCAACAUGGCUGAUGUUCAUUAUAAUUUAGGGGUUUUGCUUCAAAACCAGCAGGAUUUUGAGGCUGCUGUAGAAAGUUACCAACGUGCAAUUCACUUUCGACCAUCUUUGGCUGUGGCAUACCUAAACCUGGGAACAUCCCUGAUUGCCCUAGGACGAUGCCAAGAAGCAGCAUCUGUUCUACGCGAAGGAUCUCGUCUCGAUGGUACUGGAUUGCGAGAUCGAAUUGCUCAUGAGAAUGCCCGAAUUGCAUCCCUUUUGCAGCUUGGUGGAUUGUACGCUGAUCAGGGAAAGCUUCAGAGAGCUUUAGCUGUAUAUCGUGAAGCACUGCAUACUCUACCAGAUACUUAUCCACCUCAGAGCAUUUAUCAUCGGCUGGGUGACACUCUUGGGCGACUCCAUCAGUGGACUGAGGCAGAACGUUUCCAUCGUGCUGCCCUCGAAGCUCAACCAGACCAUGUGGCUGCUCACUUAUCGUAUGGCACAAUGUUGGCUCGCAAUACAAGUAGAGCUUCUGAGGCAGAACAGUGGUUCAAAAGAGCACUCAAACUUGCACCAACAGAUUCUAGUGUCUAUCAUCAUUAUGCUGAAUUCCUCAAUGCGAUGUCGCGUCAUGAGGAAGCCUGCGAGAUGAGAAUACGAGCAGCUGAAUUAUCACCCAAUGACUACACCCUGGUAGUGACGGCGGCAACAGCCCUUCGUCUCCUUGAUCGAAAGGUUGAAGCCGAAAAGUGGUAUCGACAGGCUGUGGCUCUUAGACCCGAUGACGCACGUUCCCAUACAAAUUUGGGUGCGAUUCUCCAUCUCCUGGGGCGUCCUCAGCAGGCAACUGCCAGCUACAGAGAAGCUUUGCGUCUUCAACCAGGAGAUCCCACAACUUUGGGCAACUUGGCGAAGUUGGGUGUUGUUGAGGUAGCGUGAAAUUUCACCCCACGGAAAGCGUCAUUUUUCUUCCAUGGAAAACACAUCCCCCUUCCUUACCCCUAAUACAAACUUCCCCUUCUGAGUACCUUCCGUUUUUCCUCAAAAUUCCGAGACUGUGCAGAUAUUAUUCCACAAAAGUCUUUCAACUAUCCCUCAAAAAGAGUCUCCCAAACAUUUUGGGUUCGUGUUCUUCCUGAAUAAUUAUUAAAUUGUAAAUAAGUCGAGACAAGACGGUAUGCUAUAAAAGGAAAUGAUAUCAAAAAAAAAAAUGAAAUUGACCACAUUGAACAAUAAUUCAAUAUUACAACAAUCACGUGUAAAAAAGAUAUUAAUUUAUUCAAAUGAAGUGUAAAAAAAAAGAAAUCUUCCAAAACAAUGAAGAAAAAUUCAACAAAGAUUAUUAUUCAAUCAGAAAAGAAAUUGUGUAAAAAGAGGUGAAAUGUAUAGAGAAUCAUUUACUCUUGCAAAUAAGACAUAUAUUUGUGUAUUUUUAUAUCAUUAGUGAGCAACAGAAAACACUAUAUAUUAGUGAACAAAUUAUAUAGGAAUGAUAGAGAGAUUCAGAUUAAAGUGAAUUUAAAAAGAAAAGAUCAAUUUAUAGGUUAAAUACAAUAUUUUGGGAAUAACUACAGAAGAGCAUAACCCGAAAACGUUUUGUAAAAACCAACUUAAAGAAUAGGUAAUUUUUACGCCAUUGAAAUUAACAAGAGGAAAAAUUACCCUGUACUUUUUUUGUUAGGAAGUUAUAUUAUAGUCACUGAAUAAGCCCCGCCCAUAAAUAAAAAUACCACGCCCAUUUCAAUUUAUGGAUACCUGUAAAUAAUUUUAUUGUUCAUCUGCAAAAUUACAAGAACUACCAUCAAUGCAAUCGUAGGUGUUCUUGGAGAAAUUGUAUUUCCAACUAUAAAAUAGGCCACGCCCACUAAAAAAAAACAUAGAGAGUGAGAAUAGUGCAAUUUUUCCUAGGUUUUUCUCAAAAAGUUUUGCAAUAUUCACUACUUUAAACAAACUUACGGGAUAAGAAAUUAAAAUCAAGAGUCUUUAUGAAGCAAAAAUAUGCACCAAUUGGGCGUGACUUCCAAGAGGGUGUGUCAGAGCCACUUCAAUAAUCUUCAGCUAGCUUUACUUCUGGAUCUCGUACAGAAUAUAGAACUUCUCCGUUAAAAACCCUCAUUCGAAAUAGUCAAUGUGAACAUAAACACUUUUUCUUAAGAGUGUUACCACUUUAAGCCCCUCCCAUUCGAUACUACAUCCAACAAAAUUCAAAUAAGAGGGCAGCAUGAAGUAAAUAAUAUAUAAGGUUUCCUUAAGGUCCUAAUUCAAAAUUAUACAAAGUCUUCAAGACAUUUCGCAGUGCUUUGCUGGAUUUAUGAAUUCAUGUUAUCUUCCCUGUGGUCGUAAGUUCAAUGAUAAUGGUUACGAAAAAUUAGUAGGGACCAUCCUGCCCCAAAAUCGUACCAAUAUAAAAAGGAUUAAGCCUAUAUGUUUUUAUUUAAAAUAAGUUAAAAAAAAAUAAUAGAAAAUUUAUAAUACUUUAAGUGUUUCUCUAAAAGACACACUAAAGACGUGGCUGAAAUCCUUAUUUUUAGGAAUUUUAAGCCCCGCCCACAGCAAGAUCUUUUAUUGCAUUGCGAGAUAUUCUAUAAAGAGAAACGUAAUUGUAAAAAUUUAACUAAUACUUUAAGUUGCACUGUGAAAUUCAUACAAAGUGCAUAACUAAGUGCUUUAGCGUUACGGCUCUUUAAGCUCCAUCCACAGCUGAAUUUUUAUUUAUGUCUGUUUCUGUUUCUGAUUGUUAUUUAUCAUAGAUAAAAGAAAAAAAUAAACAACAGAUGUUUUUGGGUUUCUCUUGGAAGUUUUACAAGGGGCGUGGCUUAAUUCCUUGGGCCUGCGGAUCUUUAAACUCCACCCACAGCUUAAUUUUUAAGCAUGUCUUCUCCUAUUUGCGUCAUAUUCUAGUAUUAAACAAUGGCAAUUAAUUCCUAUUUGUCAAAAUUUCCAGAAAGAGGCGUGGCGUAAAUUUAUUUAUGGGCGGAACCUAUUCAGAAUCUACUAUAUCACCUCCUUGCAAAAUUAGUGUACUUUUUUAAUAAAAAAUUAUGCUUUUCUGUGGUAGUUCUAUAUUUUCCUCUGUAAAAUUAUAAAAAAAUAUUACAUAGGAAUUUAAAAGGUACAUAAAGUUUAUUGAGUUGUGUAAAUAUACUUGAAUUGCAGAGAAAUUGAAUAAAAAAAAGAAAAAAAUAUUUAGUAGAUAGGAUACUAAUAACAAGAAAAGCUCUAUUAAGAGAUAUUCUUAAAGAAAACAGAACACAGAUUACACAGAGACACAAAUCAACAUUCUUCCUUAAGAAUUAUUAAAGAGGAGAAAACUAUAGAGAGGUGGAUUGAAGACUAAAAGAAUCAAUUUUAAAGAUCGAGAUAAAGAGAUGUAUUAUAAAAAAAAAUAAAACUAUGAGACAAAGGAUUAAAA